AAUGGCGGACUUCAACAGCAUAUGGAACGGCACUAAAAUUGAUAAAGCUACAUUUUAGGACCGUAUACAUCGUUGUUGCUAUCAUUGAAGUAUUUGAAUUUUACUUGUAAGGCACUUCUGGAGCGUUAGAUCGAUUUUUUUUCCAUCUAAGAUCCUUGUCGCAAUCAGGCAAUCAGGUGUCUUUCACCAAAUUUGCUGGGUCAUCAUCUUCUUUGAACUUUGUCGGUUGAAUAGCAUUUCUGGUGAACUUGAUCUCCUGGAUUAAACAUGGAUGGGGUGAAGAAAGUUUAUAACGACGUUCCAAAGUCACCCCGUGAUGAUCGGGUCUACCGUGGUUUAGAACUGAACAACAACAUGAGGGUUCUUGUGAUCAGCGAUCCCUUGACUGAUAAAUCCGCCGCGGCUUUGGAUGUUCACAUUGGCAGCAUGAGUGAUCCAGCUGAACUACCAGGUCUUGCUCAUUUUUGUGAGCACAUGCUGUUUCUAGGCACAGAAAAGUAUCCAUCAGAGAAUUCAUUCACUCAGUUUUUAAGUGAGAAUGGUGGAUCAUCUAAUGCUUUCACUGGUGGAGAACAUACAAACUUUUACUUUGAUGUCAAACAUGAGUGUUUACAUGAAGCAUUGGAUAGGUUUGCACAGUUCUUCCUUUGCCCAUUGUUUAAUUCAGAUGCAACAGACAGAGAGGUUAAUGCUGUUGAAUCAGAACACCAUAAGAAUGUCUUGUCUGAUUCUUGGAGGCUGAAUCAGUUGGACAAAUCUUCAGUUAAUCCAUCUCAUCCCUACAGUAAAUUUGGUUCAGGUAACAAGCUUACUCUUGAUACCAGACCAAAGGAGAAAGGCCUCAGUGUUCGUGAUGAACUACUCAAAUUUCACAGUUCAUCUUACUCUGCCAAUAUCAUGGCACUGGCUGUUCUAGGCAGAGAAUCACUUGAUGACUUGACCAACCUGGUUAUAAAGCUGUUUUCAGAUGCCUUGGAUAAAAAUGUUACCAUUCCUGAGUUUCCUGACCACCCUUAUAGUGAUGAACAUUUGCAGGUAGAAUUUAAAGUAGUGCCAAUCAAAGAUAUAAAACACCUAAACAUUUCAUUCCCCAUUCCUGAUGUUAACCCACACUAUGAUAGUAAGCCGUGUCAUUAUAUAUCUCACCUUCUUGGCCAUGAGGGUAAAGGAAGUUUACUGUCAGAACUCAAAACAAGAGGCUGGGUGAAUGAACUUGUUGCGGGAGGAGCUGGCGGAGCUAAAGGGUUUAUGUUCUUCAUCUGCAACAUGGAACUUACCACUGAAGGUCUAGACCAUGUCUAUGAAAUAGUGACUUGUGUGUUUCAAUACUUGGAAAUGCUAAGAAGGCAAGAACCCCAAGAGUGGAUAUUUAAAGAGUGCCAGGCUCUUAGUGAAGUCAGAUUUCAAUUUAAAGACAAGGAGAAUCCCAGAUCCUAUGUUUGUUCAACAGCUCGCUGUUUGCAUGAGUUUGGGGUGGAAGAUGUCAUUCAAGGUCAAUUUAUAAUGACACAUUUUAAGUCUGAUUUGAUUAAGAUGAUUCUCUCAUAUCUGGUACCAUCAAAAGUGAGAAUAACAUUGAUUGCAAAACUUUUUGAAGGCAAAACUGAUCUUGUAGAAGAGUGGUAUGGAACAGAAUAUUCUGUGAACAAAAUCCUUCAAAAGUACAUAGAGGAAUGGGAGAAUGUGCCACUGAAUCCCUCUUUGCAACUUCCUGAGGAAAACGAGUUCAUUCCUACAGAUUUUACGAUAAGAGAAAGACCCCACGAUUCUUCAUCGAUUCCCACUCUUAUAAAGGAUGACUCACUUUUGAAAGUUUGGUUUAAACAAGAUGACACGUUCCUCCUGCCCAAGGCUUGUCUUCUUUUUGAAAUUACAAGUCCACUGGCAUACGUGGAUCCAGUUCACUGUAACAUGGCUCACUUGUUUGUUGAACUCCUCAAGGAUUCGCUCAAUGAGUACGCUUAUGCAGCCGAGAUAGCUGGAGUCAACUACAAAUUGGAGAACACCAUGUAUGGCAUUUAUCUGAGCAUCAAAGGGUAUAAUCACAAACAGCCGGUUUUACUGAAGAAGAUUUUUGAUAGAAUGGCAAACUUUCAAGUGGAUCCAAAGAGAUUUCCACUCAUCAAAGAAAGGUGCGGCAUAGCCCUGAAGAACUUUGUUGCUGAGCCGCCUCAUCAGCACGCUUUGUACUACAUGUCAUUUCUGUUGGAAGAACUCGCCUGGCACAAGGACGAACUUUUAGAAGCAUUAGAAGAGGUAACCCUGGAGAAGCUAGUGGCUUUCAUCCCUGAUUUGUUAGGGAGACUUCAUAUCGAGUGUUUGUUUCAUGGAAACUUGACCAAAGAGGAAGCUGUUGUCACUGCAGAUCUCGUGGAGAAAAUUAUUAAAGAAGACAGCAAAACAAAACCUUUGCUACCACUUCAGUUAAUUCGACACAGAGAGUUACAGUUACCAAGUGGUUGUUCGUAUCUAUUUGAGGUGCAAAAUGAAGUUCACAAUAAUUCAAGCUUGGAGAUUUAUUAUCAGUGUGACCUACAAUCCACCAAAAGUAACAUCCUUCUGGAAUUGUUUUGCCAAAUCAUUUGUGAGCCUUGUUUUAACACUCUUAGGACUCAGGAGCAGUUAGGGUACAUUGUUUUUAGUGGAGCAAGGAGAUGCAAUGGUGCCCAGGGUCUUCGGGUCUUGAUCCAGUCUGAAAAGGAGCCAUCUUUGCUAGAUUCACGUGUUGAAAAUUUCAUCCAAGGAAUUGAGGAGUACAUUACAGAAAUGUCAGAUGAAGAGUAUAAGAAUCACGUCGAGGCACUUACGGUCAAAAGGCUCGACAAACCCAAGAAACUGUCUUCGGAAUGUAUGAAACACUGGAAAGAAAUUCUCUCGCGGCAGUACAACUUUGAUAGGGAUAAUAUCGAGGUGGCGUAUUUAACGACGGUCACGAAAGAAGAUGUUCUGUCAUUUUACCGGGAUCUUCUCGCAGCUAAUGCACCCAGAAGACACAAGCUGGCUGUUCAUAUUUUGUCAAAAACCAUGACCAAGAACUCGUGUAACAAGGCCUUGAAUGAUGUCAUUGAAAAUGCUGAGAAAACUGAAGAUGCUAAUCUUCCAUCCUUGCCAACGAUUAUUGACGAUAUCGCUGCAUUCAAGAGUAGCCUUCCACUAUUUCCUCUUGUACCGCCAUACCACAGUCAGCCCACUAAAUCCAAGCUGUAGAUCACAUGCAACCAUCCCACGGCCUUCGUUUCACUCUUCACCGCCCUUAGUCAACGACGUCAUUUCUCUUCACAAGAACUCCCUAGCUUCCAUUCCUUUGUUUCCUUACACUGAGAAACUUAUUAUUAUACCCGAGGGCUAGUUAUGUUAUGAAAAAUUAAGGACCAGACACACGGAACGGGACGACAUUGCACGCAAUACUUCAUGUAUGAAGCACAGCAUCGCUAAGGCGCUAUCUAGCGCUGAUGGUCAAAAUCCAAAAUAAAAAUUGCGAUGGUGGCCAAGAAGUAGAACGCCGCAACUGCUAGAGUUCUGCUGUUAGAGGAGAAAACGGUAUACCACUUUAAUUAAUCGUUUCAGAUUAGAGCGGUUUUCAAUUGAGUGUCGUAAAACCAAAACCAAACCACUUGCUCGUUAAUUAGACUACUCAGUUAUC